AUGAGCCGCCAGUUGACCCUCUAUCCCGGGGCUGAGCGCCUGGGCUUCAGUGGCUGCUCUGCUGUCAUCUCGGGCCGGUUCAGCAGCAGCCACGCCUCAGUCCGGGCGGGGAUCAAGGGUACCGCUUUCGGCAGCAGGAGCUUGUUCUGCAUGGGGGGCGGCCGGCGGCUGUCAUUGAGCUCCGCGGGGCGGAGCGGUGGCUUUGCGCUGGGCCACGGAGGGGCGAGUGGUGGGCGUCCCGGGGGCUUCGUGGGCACCAUCUUUGGCAGCGCAGGACUGGGGCCCACGUGCCCAUCCGUGUGCCCGCCCGGCGGCAUCCCCCAGGUCAUCGUCAACAAGAGCCUCCUGGCCCCACUCAAUGUGGAGCUGGACCCGGAGAUCCAGAAGGUGCGCGCGCAGGAGCGGGAGCAGAUCAAGGCUCUGAAUAACAAGUUCGCCUCCUUCAUCGACAAGGUGCGCUUCCUGGAGCAGCAGAACCAGGUGCUGCAGACCAAGUGGGAGCUGCUGCAGCAGCUGGACCUGAACAACUCCAAGAGGAGCCUGGAGCCCGUUCAUGAGAGCUAUAUCAGCAAUCUGCAGAAGCAGCUGGAGAUUCUGUCUGGGGACAGAGUGAGGCUGGACUCGGAGCUGAGGAACAUGCGGGAAGUCGUGGAGGACUGCAAGAAGAGGUACGAGGUGGAGAUUAACAGACGUACUGCUGCUGAGAAUGAGUUCGUGGUGCUGAAGAAGGAUGUGGACGCUGCUUACAUGAACAAGGUGGAGCUCCAGGCCAAGGUGGACUCCUUGACAAAUGACCUCAAGUUCUUCAAGGUCCUCUAUGAAGGGGAGAUUGCUCAGAUGCAGUCUCACAUCAGCGAUACGUCCGUCAUCCUGUCCAUGGACAAUAAUCGGCAGCUGGACCUGGACAGCAUCCUCACUGAGGUUCGAGCCCAGUAUGAGGAGAUUGCUGUGAAGAGCAAGACAGAGACAGAGAACAUGUACCAGUGCAAGAUCCAGGAGCUGCAGGCCACAGUAGGCCAGCAUGGGGAUGACCUCAAACUCACCAAGGCUGAGAUCACAGAUAUCAACAGGCUGAUCCAGAGGAUCCACUCAGAGAUAGGGAAUGUGAAGAAACAGUGCUCCAACCUGGAGACGGCCAUUGCUGAUGCUGAACAGAGAGGUGACUGUGCCCUCAAAGAUGCCCGAGCCAAGCUGGACCAGCUGGAGGGUGCCCUGCAGCAGGCCAAGGAGGAGCUGGCCCGGAUGAUGCGGGAACACCAGGAGCUCAUGAAUGUCAAGUUGGCCCUGGACAUGGAGAUCGCCACCUACCGCAAGCUGCUGGAGAGCGAGGAGAGCAGGAUGGGUGGUGAAUACCCAAAUUUAGUGAACAUUUCUGUCGUUAGCAGUACCAGUGCAGGACCAGGAGGUGCUGGCUUCAGUGUGGACUUAGGUUCCUUGAGCAGUUACAGCUACAGACCUCUGGCCCUGGAGGUCAAGACCAAAGGCAGCUGUGGCAGCGAUCUCAAGGAUCCCCCAGCCAAGACUUCAGGUAGCAGCUGUGCAACCAAAAAGGCGUCCAGAUGA